UCCACCUCCAUCUUCAUUCAUCUUCAUUAUCCACCAUCAAAGAAUGAAAGCUUAUCCUAACAUAUGAAGCAACAUCGUUCCACCGACGCAUGCACACCAAAACAGGGACUUCACGACACCACAUUUUUCAUAAAGUUCCUCCAUCUCCUUCACCUGCAAAAAUUAGAAGCCAGUAGCUAACCAAAAGCCAGCACCUAACCCAACAAAACCUUAUCUUGUUCUUCCAAAGCCAUCAAACCCUUAUCUUCUUCUUCCUAACCUGACAAACUCAAAAACAAGCAAACCCAACAACUCACACCCAGUGAACCCAUGAACCCACCCCCACGCAAAAGAGGGAGCGAGAGAGAAGAUGAGAGGUCUGAGAGAGAGGAGUUCACAAAAGAGAUGGGUGAGACUCAAGGGGUUCACGGGCGGCGACGAAGAUGAGGCUUCAGAGCCCUCGUUGUUGACGGAGAUUUGGGGAUUUUUCCUAUUUGGGAUUAUUCUAAUUCUCUCUCUUGAUCUUAUGUUCUGGGUAUCUUAAUUUGGGGGUUGGGGUGAGGGUUGAUCCAGAUUGAUGGGAGUGGAUUUUCUGGGUAUCUUCUUAAUUUGGGGGUUUGGGUGAUGAAGAGUGCAUAGAGAAUUUUCUAUUACAAGAUGAAGGAAUGGGGUCUGGCGGCAGCAGAAGCGGUCAAAGCUCCAUUAUCUUUAGCCCAAGGGUUUGCGACAAUGUUGACCUUGAAGUUGAAAACUUCAUCCGUGUUCACCCUCCGUGGUCUGAUUGUCAAGAUCAUAUCUUUUUAUAUGCAUAUUCAGUUGAGUCUAGUUUAAUCUUUCUAUAUAUUUUAUGUUAUGACUGAAUCUUUGUUUUGGUUUCUGUUCUUGGACAGGAAGUGGGAAAUGAAAAUAUUAUCUUGUGAAAAAACAAUAGAGAUGGAGAUUGAUGAUUUUAGAUGAUGAUGAAGAGUGAAGAUAAUUUCAAUUGAUGAUGAUGAAAAGUGAAGAUGAUGAUGAUGAAUAAUUAAUGACGUUUUUUAAAUUAGUAUUUUUAAUUAAAUUAAAUUAUUAAUUUAUAUAUAUGUGGAAUUAAAAUUUAAUCAAAAUGAUGUGGAUAAAGCCACAUCAGCUCUGGUCUGCCACCGGACAUCCUCGCCGGAGCUCCGCUCUCCGGCGGAGACUAAUACCAAAAUGUUUGCAACUGCAGGGAGAUAUCAGCUAGUUUUUUCCGGGGAGGGACUAAAAUCAAAAGUCACUACAAACACAGGAUCAAUUUGACCAUUAACCCUUCAUUUAAACAACCUCACUUUUGUGUUGUUCUUUUCAUUUUAUUUUUGGUCAAAAUUCUAUGUUGUUUAAGGUGGGCCUGGUACCAAUCAAACUGGGUCAGGCCCAUAUGGUGUCAACAUGCGUAAUCCCUAUACAGACCGUGAGGUUGAUGGUGAUGAUGAUGCAUUGCAAUUGCAGUAGAGCAGAAGAAGCUAAGCAUGACGGUUCUGCCUUCGCUUGCAGUUCCUUUACCUCCCAAGUUCCGGGUUAAGCUAUUUCGAUGCCAACCCUGUCAAUUCCAUAGAUGUUCGAAAAUACAUGUUCCACAUCAAAGAUUUCAUGUUCGCACCCCUUCAAUUAAAGCAUCAGUGGCAGACCAUAAUGAGCCUAGUGAGGUUAAUAUGCAGAUUGGGAUCAUGAAGGAGAAACUUAGAGAAGCGGUGCCAGUCUCAGUUCAAGAAUUUCCUUGGAGAAAAGCUGAGCAUGUGCUCUUGGAAAGAUUACUGUCUCUUACACAAGAGGCGGUGAAGUGGUCUCUUGUUUUAUUUUUCGUCUUUAGCUCUUUAUCGGACGCUGUAUAUACAUUCUCUGUAAACUGUGAACUGAUCAUUCCUGUUGGCCUCUUUGUUGGCUGCCUUAUGGCUGAUUUCUUGAAGGAGAUAACACAAGAAUUGUUUCAGAGAUCUGAGGAAAAAGAUCUGAAAUGGCAUCUUCUGGGCUUGUAUUGCCUUUUUGUGUUUGUCAAGUUUUUGUCAACAUGGUUUACGAUGAAACCAGGGGUGUUUCUUUUGAAUGUUGCAAAUGGUGGACUGAUGCAGGUUUUGUGGUGUUGGAGAAACUUUAUGGAAGAUGCAAAGAACAAACGGGUAAAGAAUACCCCUUCUGGUUUGGAGGCUUCAUGAUAGAUGAAUUGUGGAGGUUCGAGUUUUUUGGCACGUGAUUAUGAUAAGAUUGGGUAGAGUAGAGCUAUAACUUGAACUGUAAUUUUUUACAAAUAGCCCAUGUGGUCGGAUAAUCAUUCAGAAUUUCCAUUAGAUUCACUUAAGCCUUGCUAAUCGGAAAUCCAAAGGAUGGGUCAUAUUUUCUGCUCAAAUUUAGAUGUUAGUGUACCCUGCAUAAAUACUUGUUAUCCUUUUUUAUUAUUUGUUAUGUCAUUGAUCUCUUUUAUUAAGAGAUGUUAUAAUAAAUUUUGUAAUAUUAUAAUUAAAAACCAGUAAUAAU